CUGAGUCGUUGCAAACACUAAAUUUCCCGAAAGCACACAGACCUUCCUUUACCCAACGGAAAUACCACAGAGUUGCUAUUCGACCUCUUCAGAAAGGACUCAACAUCCCCGUUCACCAAUUUGAUAUCAGGGAAGAUAUGUGUACUCCAGUGUCACCCGAGACAGACCAUCCACUGGCACGAACAUCCCUUGAAUUAAACAAACCGCUUCCUUGGUCAGGCUGUUACCACCCCAACUUUCAGGACAUAGAAGUAAGGUUACCCACAGAAUUCAGAGACUACAGGAAUGCAUAUGAACUGACGGAUUGGGGACUUUGGCAAAUGAGAGAUUAUCUGGGUGAAGAUUUUGAGAGGAGAAAGUUGCCGCUGGACUCGCAAGAACCUGUAGAAAUAUCUUCAGUUCAGCCAGGAUCAGGCUCACUGCUUAGCAUGAAGCAACAUAACCUAGCCCAAUCCUACCCUGACUCUGGACUUGCUAUAAGGAUUCAAGGAAAUGAAUUGGGUCCUACGCAAAAGCUUGUUGUUGAGGGUACAGACAGUGAUAUACCCAAGCUCGAGUUUGACAUUCACCAUCCUGCAUUUGCCCCGAUCGUUGAAGCUUCUCGGCCAAACUAUGUCGACAAUGACGCUAUCUUUACCCCAGUUGUGAAGUUUGACUCAGAUAUCGCAGCUUUGAAAGAUAUUCCUAGUGGCUUAGAGUUAUGUCGUUGUUUGGAUGCGCUCGAGGCACUAGUGAGGAAGUGUCAACAAGGUCCACCUCUGACUCUCCAGGUUCAAGGCUGUAUAACCGGAGCGGCGGAUCUCAGUACGAAUGCAGUUGCUGCAGAAACUAAUCAUCUGUCAAAGAAGAAGAGAUAUUCAAAGAAGUUGACAAGAUUCGCAUCGUUUCUUUCGAAGACGGAAACUUUUACAGCGUUUCGUAAGCCUACGAAGGAGCUCAAAGCGACCAUAAGAGAUACGAGAAAAUCUAUCAAUGAUGAAGAGUCUUCUCCCAAAUCAAUGAAGAAUAUUCUAAAGGAUAAACUAGGCCUUCGGAAUAUCGUGCAAGGUUCCUUGAGAAUGCCGCUUCACCACUGAUCAAUGUCUGUAACUCGGUUUCACCGGCCUCGAAAUACCGUUGGCCUCCCACAUUCAGUAGCUAUCAAUCUUCGAGAAUGAAUGGUUCGAGUUUUUCAUGACCGCUAAGUAUUUGGAUACAGUAUGAUGGAAGGGACGAGGAAAAAGAUCAAAGGUCCCGCAUCCAUUUUACAAUUGUUGUUUGGGUAUUUUUCCUGUCAAAUCAAACCUGGAAUAUAAACAGUA